GUCCAGUUCGUUGACAUCACCACUGAGGGCGCGGUGAUGGCGUCGGCAACGUGCUUUUCUGCAUCGUCAUUGCUCAUCCCCUGGAUCAGCGACAGCGGCCAUGCAGCGUUGAACUCACCUUUCGGCCUGCCUUAUCCACUCCUCUUGAUUACUUUGCUUUGCGUAUAACUCAUAUCGAACUACCUCUCAUCAGUCUAACACCACAUCAUUGCAUGCGAUCUGUCUUCAUUGCCAUGGCAAGAGCAACCCGUUCGAGUGCUCGUUUGGCCUCGACUGCCACGAAGCCAACAGAGACCCCGAGUGCUGCCAAUGGCGCAACAAAAAAGGGCCGAUCUGCGAAGCAGACUUCGUCGGACAAGGAGAAUACGCCUCAACCAGAGAAGAGGAAACGGACAACAAGCAAAGCUGCAAGCUCAACACCGGCCAAGAAGGUCAAGACGGAGGAUGCGGACCAUACGGCGUCCCCGGAUUUCGCCAAUGUCCCCCCCUUAACACCACUUAAGAAGGAGGACAUCAAAUCUGAAAGCCCAGACAGAAAAGCAAAGAUCCAAAAGUCUCCGGCAGACUUAAAGUCCAAAAAGCUCAAGGCCUACUCUCAAUACGCUGACAAGUCACCCUUCCCCGACUUUCCGCACCCGACACCUGACGAGUGCAAACUGGCCCACCGCAUUCUGGCUGAACUGCACGGAAAACGGGAACGCCCCGCAGAAGUCAAGGCAUCUUCAACCCGCGCCGGCUGCGGAGACUCGCCGUCGGUCCUUGAUGCGCUUGUCAGAACCAUCCUGAGCCAGAACACGAGUGACACAAACUCCACCCGCGCCAAGAGGAGCAUGGACGACGUCUACGGCGGCAGCGACGAGUGGGAGAAGAUUGUCGAGGGCGGGAUUCCCAAGCUGCAGGAAGCCAUCAAGUGCGGUGGGCUGAGCCAAGUCAAGAGCAAGGUCAUUGUCGGCAUCCUCAAUCAGGUCAAGGAGAAGUACGGCUCGUAUUCUCUCGAUCAUCUCUUCAAUGUCAGCAACGAAGACGCUAUGCAGGAGCUCAUUAGCUUUCAGGGAGUCGGCCCCAAGACUGCCAGUUGUGUUCUCCUCUUUUGUCUGCAGAGGGAGUCGUUCGCAGUGGAUACCCAUGUGUGGAGAAUCACCGGUCUUAUGGGGUGGCGGCCAAAAAGCGCCUCGCGAGACGAAACCCACGCACAUCUUGAUGUUAGAAUCCCAGACGAAGACAAGUAUGGGCUUCACAUCCUGCUUGUCAAGCACGGCAAGGUAUGCAGCGAGUGCAAAGCUGGUGGUAAGAGUGUUGGAAAGUGUGAGUUGAGAAAGGCUUUCCGCCAUGAAAAGAUUAAAAGUGAAGAAGAAAAGCCUGCGGAUCUCAAAGUAGAGGUGGAGCUUUGACGGCAUUUAUUAUAGGUUAUUUCAAACGGACGUGUCUGGAAAUUAUUACGUAGAUAAACCCAGCCCUUUCUCCAGUACGAGUAGUAACAUGAAGAUUUUUAGCUACUCAAUAUACCAAGGACAUUACCACUAUAAGCUCUGAGAUUAAUCCGACGUAAACCUCAAGGUAAUAGCAAGAAGGAAUUGAACUAUUUAGAAAAGCCCUCUAUGUAAAAAGUAAAAAAAAGGCGAGGUUUCUAAUCUAGGUUGAAUCAUACUCGCGGACGCUUCCAAAUGUAUGUUGAGAAAUCGAACAGAGCGCUAGCUUCAUAACAAUACAAUUGAAAUAAUAAUAAUGCG